GACUGCGGUGCUUAUGAAGUUUGGUGGUUAAUAUUCCGGUCGUGUCCAACUUUACCGAGGUAUUUUCUGGGUAGCAUGGAGUUAGCGGGCUAAUAUCGACUUCCCGCGGCUGUAGCGUAACCGUAGCGUGUAGCUAACAUUAGCCUCGGUGUGUGAAGCGAAAGGCUAACCGGCAGAGUCACGGAGUUCACCACCGGCAGCCAUAACAAAGAGGAGGCGUGCGUCAGGUCGAGGAGCCAGGACCAGCGAGCCGCUGGGAGUUUAAAAAACCCGUGUCACAGUACGCUGGCGGUUAGCUGCUUUGUCCGACAGCCAGAUGACCCUGCUGCGGUCCACUGAGUGUUAGCUGGCCUCGCUCGGUCCGUCACCAUGGGAGACGAUAACGGAGUUAACGGGGAUCUGAACGCCAACCUGAGGUGCCAGAGCACCGGCGACCCGCAGCUGGACAAGGCGGUGCAGCAGUGGCUAAGCUGGGACAAGAACCGGAGGACUCGGGCUCAGGUGGAGUCUCUGGUGGCGGCAGGUCGUUUGGAUGAUCUGAGGGCGAGACUCUGCAGCAGGAUGAGCUUUGGCACGGCAGGACUCAGAGCGCCGAUGGGAGCCGGAUUCAACCGGAUCAACGACCUCACCGUCAUCCAGUCCACACAGGGUCUGUUUUCCUACCUGUCCAGGUACUUCGCAGACUUCCACAGUAGAGGAGUGGUUGUUGGUUUUGACACCAGGGGACAGGAGGAGAGCGGCUGCAGCAGUCAGAGGCUGGCAAAGUUGACGGCUGCUGUGAUACUGAGCAGAGACGUCCCUGUUCAUCUUUUCUCCACAUUUGUCCCGACGCCCUACGUGCCGUACGCCGUGAGGAAGCUCGGAGCGGCAGCUGGAGUGAUGAUCACCGCCUCACACAAUCCUAAGGAAGACAACGGAUACAAGGUGUACUGGUGUAACGGCGCUCAGAUCUCCUCGCCUCACGACAAGGAGAUCCUGCGGAGCAUCGAGGAGCAGCUGGAGCCCUGGAGCGCCUCCUGCUGGGACGAGGAGCUGGUGGAGAGCUGUUCCCUGAGGACCGACCCCCUGACCCAGAUCAACAGCUGCUACAUGGACGAACUCACCUCCCUCUGCUUCCAUAGGGAUUUGAACAGCAGCUGUCCAUUGAAGUUCGUCCACUCGUCCUUCCACGGCGUCGGGCACGUCUUUGUCCAGCAGGCCUUCCAGACCUUCGGCUUCGCUCCACCGAUCCCCGUCCCUGAACAGAAAGACCCCGACCCCAACUUCUCUUCUGUGCGCUGCCCGAACCCAGAGGAGGGAGAGUCUGUUCUGAAGCUUUCUCUUCUCCUGGCAGAGAGGGAAAACGCUCAGAUUGUUCUGGCGACGGAUCCUGAUGCUGAUCGUUUGGCUGUAGCAGAGAUGUCUGAUGGGUGUGGCUGGAAGGUGUUCACAGGUAACGAGCUGGCGGCUCUCCUCGGCUGGUGGAUGUUCUUUAACUGGAAGGAGAAUCAUCCAGAUCCAGCAGACACUCAGAGGGUUUACAUGUUGGCCACCACAGUGUCCUCCAAGAUUCUGCAGGCCUUCGCCCGAAUCGAGGGGUUUCACUUCGAGGAAACUCUUCCGGGUUUUAAGUGGAUCGGGAACAGGAUACACGAACUGUCCAAAACAGGAAACACAGUCGUAUUUUCCUUUGAGGAGUCGAUUGGUUUCCUGUGUGGCAGCAUGGUCCCCGAGAAAGACGGCGUGAGCGCGGCGGUGGUCGUGGCUGAAAUGGCUGCUUACCUCCACAAGCAGAACCUGAGUCUGAACCAGCAGCUGCACAACAUCUACCAGACGUAUGGUUAUCAUGUGUCUAAAACCUCCUACGUCAUCUGUAACGACCCGCCCACCAUCCAGAAGAUCUUCAGCCGGAUCAGAAACUUCGACGGUGAGGGCUCGUACCCUAAGAUGUGCGGUGGCGUCCGGAUCGUCCACGUCAGAGACGUUACCACAGGAUACGACAGCAGCCAGGCUGACCUCAGAUCUGUUCUUCCAGUGUCGAGGAGCAGUCAGAUGAUCACCUUCACUCUGCAGAACGGGGUGGUGGCCACACUGAGAACCAGCGGGACGGAACCAAAGAUCAAAUACUACACAGAGUUCUGCGCUGCGCCGGGGAAAAGUGAGGUGUCCAGUCUGGAGGAGGAGCUCAGGAGGGUGACGGUCGCGCUGGUCGACGAGUUCCUGGAGCCGGAGAGAAACAAGCUCAUUCGUCGCUUCGUCUAACGCUGCCCCCCAUGUACCCUCCUGUGAUGUCACAUCCUGUUGUAUUUGUAGACCAAUCAGAGCAGCAGCUGCUUCACUCAGUGGUGUCAGUAAAGUUCAUGUUGGACUGAAGCACCAGUUUGGACGCAGACAGAAAAAUUACAAAUAAAAAAAUCAAUAGCUUGAUCAGCAUUAAGUUGCAGGUCUGAACUGUGCACUACGUUAAUCAUACAGCAGAGAGCAUGAUGGGUAAUCAGCAGAGUCCAACCAAAGAGUGAUUAUUUUUCUUUAACUGUCGGUUUCUUUCAUUUGAUUGGUUAUCAGGACAGAGGCUGUGGACUGAUGCAGUCCUGAGGUGUGAGAGUAUGGAAGUUCAUUAACAACAAAACGAGCUGACGCACAAAACAAACUAGUUUUUAGUUUUAACAAGAAACAGCGAAACAUUUAUCCUGAAUUUUUACACAAAAUAAACGUAUCUUGUUAAAAAAUAUUAAGUUGGUAUGUUCUAUAGAAAUGUUUAUGUACGGUGCUGAAUUAUUUCUUUUUUACAAGAUACUUUGAUUUGAUUUUUGUUUUGUUUUUUUGUCUUAACACUUUGUCAUUAGAGAACUUCCAUACUGCAGAUGAAACCAAACAGAUCAGCUCUUUAUAUUUUUUCCUUUCGUUGUGUUUUUGAUGUUUAUCUGAAUGUGGAAGUUUUGGCGUCACACUCUGUGGAUGUUAUUUAUUUUUAUACUCGGAGAGAGAAAAGAUAUUUAUGUUGUACAGACGAGGAGCCGCUGUUCACGGUGUCACGUUGUUGUGAUGCUGAGCUGUGAAAGACUCGUUCAGCUCCACGAAGAGUCCGUUAUUUUUGUUAAAGAAGCCGAAGCUGCCGAUGUUAAAGGGUUAAAUCUGUUUCUGUGUUUGGUCCCGUGAACAGACGACAGAGUGAGACCUCUGUACUGCUCACGGAUCUUUGGUGUUUUUACUGUUGCAGCUUCAGCGGUGUUAAAAAUAGAAACUGCUGUUAAUGUGGUUCUCCUGAGAUCUACCAAUAAACCAGAAUAAAACCGGAAAA